CUGCGCGCGUGCUCCUGCUGUCUCCUCGCUCCAGCCAAGCGAGCCAGAGGAACCGGGGAGAGGGAGAGAGAAAAGGGGAGGAGAGAGAGGGAGAGACAGAGAGAGAGAGAGAGGGGGAGAGAGAGGCAGAGAGGGAAGAGCGAGUGCAGAGCACGGAGCUCCGGAGCCGGCAGAGCCUCCUAGGACAGCGGCCCGGCUCGGCCCCAGCCCCGGCCGCUCGCGCGCUCCCGGAAGGGACGCGGCCGCCUCCGCUGCCGCCGGAGCUGCUGGAGCCCAGCCCCGCGCGCCCCUCGCUGCGGGCCGGCCUGUGCCUGCGUGGCCCCGGAACGCCGCUGUCCGCCCGGCCAGGAUGCAGCUGGGGCAUGGCCGCCAGGCCCCCGUCACCUGCCUCGGGGAGCGCUGAGCCCGUCGGCGGGACCUCCCUCCCAUCUCUGAGGCCCUGAAGCUCUUCUCGCCGACGCCUGUCCCCGGCCACCGCCGUCCACCCCAAGGCAGUCUCAGGAAGACCCCCGCGGGGCCUCCCGCCUCAGGAAAGCAGGCCGCACCUGCCCCGGCCAGGAGCCCGCAGUGCCUCGGGGGACGUCGGCUGAAUAAAAGGGCAGUCAGGACGCCACGGCUCCGCCUGAAGCGAUGGCCCAGCCCUACCCCCCCGCCCAGUAUCCCCCGCCCCCGCAGAACGGCAUCCCCGCGGAGUACGCCCCGCCCCCACCGCACCCCACGCAGGACUACUCGGGCCAGACCCCCGUCCCCCCGGAGCACGGCAUGACCCUGUACACGCCAGCACAGACCCACCCUGAGCAGCCGGGCCCCGAGGCCAGCACACAGCCCAUCGCCGGGGCCCAGACGGUGCCGCAGACAGACGAGGCGGCACAGACGGACAGCCAGCCCCUCCACCCCUCCGACCCCACAGAGAAGCAGCAGCCCAAGAGGCUUCACGUCUCCAACAUCCCCUUCCGGUUCAGGGACCCCGACCUGCGGCAAAUGUUCGGGCAAUUCGGAAAAAUUUUAGACGUGGAGAUCAUUUUUAACGAGCGGGGCUCCAAGGGCUUUGGGUUUGUAACUUUUGAAACUAGCUCAGAUGCUGACCGAGCCCGGGAGAAGCUGAAUGGGACGAUCGUAGAGGGACGGAAAAUUGAGGUCAACAACGCCACAGCCCGGGUCAUGACCAACAAGAAGACUGCGAACCCCUACACCAACGGCUGGAAGCUCAACCCCGUGGUAGGCGCCGUCUACGGGCCUGAAUUCUAUGCAGUGACGGGGUUCCCCUACCCCACCACAGGCACGGCCGUUGCCUACAGGGGCGCACACCUACGCGGCCGGGGCCGGGCCGUGUACAACACGUUUCGGGCUGCGCCGCCCCCGCCCCCCAUCCCAACUUACGGAGCGGCGCUGGAGCAAACGCUUGUUAAAAUGCCAGUCCCGUGGGCAGGGCCGGCACCCUGCCCCCUCCCUCCUCAGCAGACGCCGGAGCCGGCCUACCCCACCUCUCCGGCGUUCCCACCACUUUCUUGUCCGUUUGCUUCCAGGGUCGUGUAUCAGGACGGCUUUUAUGGUGCUGAGAUUUACGGGGGCUACGCCGCCUACAGAUAUGCUCAACCUGCCGCCGCGGCGGCAGCCGCCUACAGUGACAGUUACGGCCGAGUCUACGCGGCUGCCGACCCCUACCACCACACCCUCGGCCCCGCGGCGACCUACAGCAUCGGAACCAUGUGAGAGCUUCUGCCGUCUCCUUCUCGGACCACGAAGGGCAAAAACAAAAAAACACACAAAAAAAAUCACAAAACAAAAAACCAAACAAAAAAAGAUGUUAAGAUCCAAGCAACACAAAAACCAACCAAACCGAGAUGCAUCCACCACCUCCAGGUCUCACGUGCCCGGGGAACCGCAGUGAGGAGCCCGCCGCCCAGCCGCGAGCCGCCGCCGCCGCGCCCCUCCCGGCGAGGGCAGGGGGCGAGCCAGAGGGAGGGGCCUCCGUUUUCUCUCCAGUCUUCCUUUCCCGGCCCCCACGCCCGAGGCAGUGCGGGGCCCGAGGAGGAGGGGCCGGCAGGACUGGAUCUUCGUUGCCAACUGUGCCAGUGGAGAGGGCAGCUGGGCCGGGGCGGGCACGGGGAGGGGGGCAGCUUUCCAUUCCCGGGGCUCGGGCUUCGGCCCCGCCCAGUCACCCUGUGCCGUGCUCUCUGGGCCCCAGCUACCCUCACGCCACGCCUCCGACGCCCGUGUCCUGCACACCUGGGGAAGGCUUCGAGGGCCACUGAGACUGUGCAGCCAGCAGCCCCGGGGCCCGACCCCAACACCAAGGGCUGAAGUGGUUCCAGAACUAUGGGGCCCCUGGGCACCCCUCCCUCCGAGUGAGGGGGCCCCGGGGCUACCCAGCCAGGACUGACUCCUGGGCCUGAGGACGUGAGACGGUGAAGGACUUGAGGCCGAGGACUUGCUCCCUGACGGGCUGUUUCCGGUUCCCUUUCUGGAGGACGCCCUGAGCCUGGGCUGCGGGAGGGACAGCUGACCUCAGGGGACCCGCUGGGAGGAGCCCUCCCCGCUGCCACCCUGCAGAGAGCCCAGGCCUGCGAGGGAGGGCGCCAGGGGACAGCCCAGUGCCCGCUGCACUGCGGGGUUGGGAGUCACAGCCUGGGGGCCUGGAGGCCAGGCCAGAGCGGGGAGAGUGGGGCAGCCUUGGGGAAGGGGCUGUGGCCGGCAGGUGACAGGGAAGAGCCCCUGGCCAGGCAGGUCACUGGAGUCGGGACAGCAGCAAAAAAGAAAAAAUCAGAAAAACCCAGGUUCCCAACAUGGCUCCACUACUGUCUCAUGAAACCUACACAGGCAAGGCCGACACCUCACUUUGUACUCUGCAUCAGCUCCUGAAGCGAUCUCCUUUUCUAUGUCCGGUGUACAGAGCCCGCCCACGCCGCCCCGUCCAGACCCCGCCGCUGGGCCCUUUUCUCACAGCAGCCACGCCCCCCCCCAGCCCCGCCCCAGCCCCCAGGACUGCAGCCAGGCUCCGGCCUCCUUUCUUACCAUCCUGUAUGCUUCCCAGGUGUGACCAUUCAAAUCGACAGUAUUAUUAUUAAGAUUAUUAAUAAAGAUUUCUUUCUUCAAA